AUGUAUUCGAGAAAAAUUUACAUGAGAACUUACAUGCAGGAGAAAAGACAAAAUGAUGAAUUUAAAAAUAAGGAUAAAGAGUACACUCUUCAAUCAAAGCGCAAUGCCAGACAGUCUGAAGAAUAUCAGAAAAAAGAUAGACAGCACACGCUUAAAUCAAUGCGCAAUAGCAGACAGUCUGAAGAAUAUCAGAAGAAAGAUAGACAGCGCUCGCUUCAAUCAAAGCACAAAAGCAGACAGUCUGAAGAAUAUCAGAAGAAAGAUAGACAGCGCACGCUUAAAUCAAUGCACAAUAGUAGGCAGUCUGAAGAAUAUCAGAAGAAAGAUAGACAGCACUCGCUUCAAUCAAAGCACAAAAGCAGACAGUCUGAAGAAUAUCAGAAGAAAGACAGGCAACACUCGCUUCAAUCAAAGCGCAAUGCCAGUCUGGAGAAAAUAAAAUGA